AUGGGAACAAUGAAUGAUUCGAUGAUGGACGAUACAAAUUUCUACGGAGAUUUAAAAUUUUUAAACGAUAUUAUAUUGACUGAUCGUGAUACAGAUAAAAUGGUUUUAGAUCAUUGGUUAUUUUCUAUUUGUUUUGGUACAAUUGGAUUUAUGUUUAAUUUAAUAGCUAUUUUAAUAUUUUCAUUUUCAAAUACAUUUUGUCAUAGUACAUUUCGUUGUUAUAUUUAUUCAUUUAUUAUUGUACAUUGUAUUUGUAUAUUUAGUCAAACAUGGUCAUAUCUUUUAUUUCAUAUUGGUAAUCCAAAUAUUUUAUGUAAAACCAAUACAUUUUUACAACAAUCAUCAUCAACAUGUUCUCUAUGGAUUAUGGUGCUAUUAUCAUCUGAACGAUCAUUUACAUUUAUGCAUCCAUAUAAAGUUAAAAAAGUAUUUACACCAAAAAUAACUUGUAUAGUUUUAUGUUUAAUUAUUCUUAUAUCAUUAUUAUUACAUAUAGAUGAAUUAUUUAUUAAAGAUAUAUCAACUUUUCGUUGGAUUAGUGUUUCAUAUGGUAUAUGUUCAAUAAAACGUGAAAAAUAUUAUUUUGAUAUAAAAAUAAAAAUAUUAUUAUAUUCCAUAUCUUUUAUACUUCCAUUUUUAUUAAAUUCAAUAUUUGAUAUUUAUAUUUGUCGACAAAUGUGUUUAAGACGAAAAAAAAUGGCACAUGCGAAAAUAAAUUGUUAUCAAUUUGGAAAAAAAAGGACAAGAUCAUUAACACAUGAAAUCACAUUAACAUUAUUGUGUUUAUCAUGUUGGCUAUUAUUAACAUAUUUUCCAUCACGAUUAUAUUAUUUACUUGUAUCAUUCAAUUUAAUUGAUUAUGCAAAAGAUAAUUCAAUAUUAAUGAUAUUAAUGCGUUAUAAUCUAUUAAUUUAUUUAGCAUUUAGUCCAACAUUAUAUGUUAUAUUAAGUCCAACAUUAAGAAAUGAAAUUAAACAAUAUAUUUGUUUUAUGUAUAAUUAUCAUAAAGUACAUUUUGAUUUAACUGGACGUCGUCAAAUAAAUAGAAAUCAUAAUAUAAAAACAAAUUAUCAACAAGAACGUCGAAAAACAUUAACAUCUACAGUAUAUAUGGGUGUAUCAAUGAAAACAACAAUAGUUGAUAAUUUAAAAAAAAAUUCAUAUAAUACUGAUAAUUAUCCAGUUCGUUUUAAUAAAAAAGUUAGAAAAAAUAUAAGACAAAUAAGUUCACCAAUAAUAGUUCAUAAAACAGCAAAUAAUCAUCUUCUAUUCUCUUAUAGAGCAACCAAAAGUGAACCAAUAUUAGCGUUUGAAAAUGAUAUCAUAGAAACUAAACAAUGGUAUUAUCACACUAGUUAA